AAAGCUGCAGCUGUGGCUCCAAGCUCGCGCUGAGAGAGGCUUCAGAACAGGGCGCGCACGCUCCCCCCAAACAAAGAGACCACUCGGGCAUUAUUCCAUCCACAGUGCGACAGCAGAAUCAUCCCCCCUUUUCACUCCAACGAAGCCUAACGAGCAUCCUCUCUUCCACCAAAAACAAAUCACCAUGACGGCAAACGGGACCAGCGACAUGCUCAAAAUCCAGUUUGGGCUCAUCAAUUGUGGGAACAAGUAUCUCACCGCCGAGACAUUCGGGUUCAAGAUCAAUGCCUCGGCGUCAAGCAUGAAGAAGAAGCAGAUUUGGACUCUGGAGCAGAAUGGUGAUGACUCCAACGUUUUCUUUCUGAAAAGCCACCUCGGACGGUACAUUGCAGCAGACAAAGAUGGCAACGUCACAGGUGAGAGUGAGACCCCGAGCGCUGAUUGUGGGUUUAUUAUCACUGCCCAUGACGAUGGGCGCUGGUCCCUGCAAUCCGAGCCCCACAAGCGUUAUCUGGGGGGCACCGAGGACAGAAUUACCUGCUUUGCUCAAACCAGCUCCAUUGCAGAAAAAUGGAGCGUCCACAUUGCUAUGCACCCCCAGGUCAACAUCUUCAGCAUGACGAGGAAGAGGUACGCUCACCUGAGCUCCAAGCAAGAUGAGAUUGCCAUUGACAGAGAUGUCCCUUGGGGCGUCGACUCCCUGAUCACCUUGGUCUUCCAGGACCAGAGGUACCACCUGCAAACAUCCGAUAACCGGUUCCUGAUGAACGAUGGCGGCCUGGCGCUAAAGCCUGACAAGACAACUGGAUACACGUUGGAGUUCAGGUCUGGAAAGGUGGCGUUUAGAGACUGUGGAGGGAAAUACCUCGCUCCCUCUGGUCCCAGUGGAACCAUGAAGUCCGGCAAAAGCUCCAAGGUUGGGAAAGACGAGCUUUUUGUCCUGGAGCAGAGCCAUCCUCAAGUGGUGCUCACCGCAGGCAAUGAGAGGAACGUAUCUACCAGACAAGGCAUGGAUCUGUCUGCCAACCAGGACGAGGAGGGCGACCAGGAGACCUUCCAGAUGGAGAUCAGCAAGGACACCAAGAAGUGUGCCUUCAGGACCUGCACGGGGAAGUACUGGACCCUCACUGCCAACGGUGGCCUCCAGUGCACCGCCUCCACCAAGACUGCAAAUUGCUAUUUCGACAUCGAAUGGCGUGAGAAGAGAAUUACUCUCCGUGCUGCCAAUGGAAAAUAUGUUGCAGCCAAGAAGAAUGGGCAGUUGGCUGCUACUAUCGACUCUGCAGGAGAGACUGAGGAGUUCCUCAUGAAGCUCAUCAACAGACCCAUCAUUGUUCUGCGCGGGGAACAUGGCUUCAUCGGCUGCAGGAAGGUGACUGGAACCCUGGACUCCAACCGCUCCUCCUAUGAUGUAUUUGGACUAGUGUUUCGGGAUGGUGCCUACAGCCUCCAAGAUUCCACUGGAAAGUACUGGAUGGUGGGGAGUGAAUCUUCAGUGAUCAGCAGCAGUGACACCCCUGUUGAAUUCCUUUUGGAGUUCUGCGAUUACAACAAGGUGGCCCUCAAGGCCAUGACCGAGGGCAAGUACCUGAGGGGCGAUCACGCCGGCGUCCUGAAGGCCAACGCAGACGACUUGGACAGUUCCACCAUGUGGGAAUACUAGAAGCACUUACAUUUACCACUGUGGCUUUGUUUGUUUUUUUUGUAUAUUUCCCUUCUGUUUUUUGCAUUUUUAAAAGUUUUUUUGUUUUCCUUUUCUUCAAAGAACGUGCACAAAGAGGGUUUGAUUGGUGGAGAAGUGACACUGAGGGUUUACCAGCACACUGCUCUCAGUGUGGUGUCUUAGAGGACUGGUUUUAUUUCAAGAUGGAGGCCCGCAAGCCAUCCAGCAUCAUGGGAUGAAUCUGCUCUGCCAAAAUUCAGAUUUGUCCGUCUGAAGCCCGUGAAAUUCUCACAGAGCUGCCCGUUAGGCAGCCGCUCUGAAAAGCCAAAAAAAAUCCCAACGCUAGUCUCCUGACGUGCUCACUGUCUGUGCCAGUUCACUGUCUCAGAGUUCAGCAUCUAAAUUGGGGGUGGGUGGGGGCACAAUACUCAAGCUGCUGCAUAACAAGAGGUGGAUGCCUCUCCUUUCGUAUUGCUUCUCUUGCAUUUCCAAACACAUUUUGAUGAAAGGGGCACCAGAUCCUGAUCCUUGAUCUAUUUUAGCUUGACGGGAUGAUGGCUCUGAGUGAAAGAGUGUGAUCCAGUAUUUGAAGUGCUCCUCAAGGGUGAGCGCACACUCUGCCAUAUGUACAGUGUAUGUUGAAAGCUGAUAUUCAAUAUAAGGGAGGAUAAACCACAGUCCUGUUCUGUAACCUCGUCUCACCUGAGGGCCUAUAGUUUAAAGUAGUGUUUGUACAUAGCACAGUAGUCUUCGGAAAGAUGCCUUCUCUCUCUCUCUCUCUCUGUCCCUAUCCUGAUGCCAAUCCCUGAUGUACGACCCCCUCCUCGUGGUCCACAUCUGUUCACAUGCCUAGAACACGCUGGCAAAAAUACAGUGGUAACUGUCUGAAUGUUUGUAGAAAAUGUGUUUUUUUUUUGUUUUUUUUUUGUCGUCUUUGCCAUUAAUUGAUCUAGAUAUUGAAGUAACCUCCCUAAACCACUGGACGAGAUGAUGUAUGAAGACUGGUCAACAUGCUGACCAGCUUUGUUCAAUGAUUGGGAGAUGGAAAUGUGCUAAUAUCUAAUUAAGAAUGAACUGGAUGUUAUUGUUUGUGCCAUUAUAAUUAUUGUUCAUUGAGCGGGAAAAAGUAAACUGGAACAUCUCUCAAUCAUCUCAGCUACCGAGAUCAUGAAGGAGAAAACUUAAGUGUUUUUCGAAACAACCCUGCAACAAACUAAGUGGAAGUCAUCAUAACAUUGUGCCGUGUAGUUGUGGGUCUCACAUUGCUCUCCUAAAGUUAUGUUGUUGCAGGUUCAACACAAUAUUUAUGGUUAAUCAAAAAGAAACCCUCCAUCCUUCUUGAUCCAUCCCAGUCGUGAAGGAAGGUCGUGUAUGUGUUCCACUGCACACAUUUGUUUUAAAGCAUGAGUCUACCUGGAAUGUGCACAUCAUUCACUUGGAAAUAAUCUCAGAACUUUUUUUUUUUUUUCCUGUUUUCUCUCAAAGGCACAGGCAUUAUCAUGAUCUCAGUUGCAUAAUCGUUACGCGCUAUUACCCAAGUUGUAAAUAAUAAUCCUUUACACACAAAAAAAGGCAACUAAUCAACUUGCGUGACCGCAUACCACUACCGUCCACUGCAGUGAGAGAAGGCUGAUUGUUGUGUCUCAACUUAUGAAGUCAACCGUUCACAACUUGAAACAAAAGGAGGUCUCAUUUUUUUCACACCCUCACAGCUGGUGUGGGUACGUUAGUGUACUGCAUGACAAACAAGGGCCAGCACUGCCUUAGUUUUCCUAAAUCAGCUAAACUAACCUCAUGGGUGCCGCGACUGCAAAAAAAUAGAUAAACAAAAAGCACCCCAACAUUCAACACAAGUCGUUGGUGCUUUUCUCUUUUUUUACAAACACCUUUACUUUACCACUACAGAAGGUGCAGCAGUAAUCUAAAUAUGAUUGCUGCCUGCUUAGAGCUUUAUCUGAGCACAAGACUGAUUUAUUAGCCUGCAAUUUGAAUAAUGGAAAAGGAAAUCAACAAGGAUGCCAGAUUUCUGUUUUAUUGUUGUUCUUUGGAAAGAAGGGUAUGAUGAUGGCUGUGCCUAUGUAUACAGUAUGGUCGUUAAACAUUCCACAUCUCUACUUUGUAAAAGUAUUUCCUUAUUUUUUCUAUUAUUUUGAUAUUGUGGUCAUUUUUUUCCUUGUGCCAUGGAUACAACUGAGAUUCAAUAUGAAAUAAAGUAAAACAUUUGAAUAUGAA